AUGGACGGCCUCUCAGUAGCAGCCAGUAUUAUUGGUGUGAUUGAGGUGGCUGGAUAUAUUUUCAGACUGUGUGGAGGGUACAUCCAAGAUGUAAAAGAUGCUAGGGCCGACAUCAUUGCUCUACGAGAAACGAUCAAUGGCCUCGUCAAUGUUCUCGAGAAGCUUGCGGGGGUUCUUGACGACCCCAAUUCAAGAUUCAAUAUAACAUUAGCGUUGAAAGAUGAUAUCCGCACUUGCCUAUUGACACUAGAGGCCCUUCAAGAAAAAGCUGAUCCCGGAAAGGGCAAAAAGGCGAUGAGAAAGCUAGGGUUUCGAGCGCUGAAAUGGCCGAUGAAACGUUCAGAAGUCGAAAGAGUGAUGGAUGAUAUUAAGAGAUAUGAAUCGUCGUUUUCUUUAUCCCUUCAGGUCGAUCAGAUGGCAAUCAUUAUCGAUGUAGCUGGAACAACCAACUUGAUUGAUCAAAACAUGGAUCUAGAAAAGCUACCAGUUGCCCCUGGGGCUGAAUUUGACUCUUACAUGGAUCAGCACGAAGACGAAUGUCUUGAAGGGACCAGAACAGGUCUCCAGCAACAGAUCGCAAGAUGGGCAGCAUCGCCACAAAGCAAUUGCAUCUUCUGGUUAAAUGGAAUGGCUGGAACGGGGAAAUCGACCAUAUCUCGCACAGUAGCUCGGUCUUUCAAACAAAAUAGGCAGCUGGGCGCAAGCUUCUUCUUCAAGAGAGGUGAGGGUGACCGAGGAAAUGCGACGAAACUAUUUACGACAUUGGCACAACAAAUCAUAAGCAUGCUUCCUGAAUUGACUCUCGCAAUUCGAAAAGUAGUCCAGGACGACCCGGUUAUUGCGACGAGAGGGCUUAAACAACAGUUCAACAAGCUUCUGCUUGAACCAUUACUGGAAAUCAGAAGCUCGAGUGAAGGCCGGAUAUUAGUGAUCGUGAUUGAUGCUCUAGAUGAGUGCGAAUCGGAGGAUGAUAUACGGGCAAUUCUUCAAUUGAUACCACAGCUUCAAAAGUCAAAAGCGGUGCAGAUUCGAGUCUUCUUGACGAGUAGGCCAGAGUUGCCAAUCCGUCUUGGGUUUUCCAAAAUGGCCAAUCAAGACUACAAAAAUCUCACUCUCCAUGAGCUACCGGAAGAUGUCACCGCACACGACAUAUUAUUGUUUCUGAAGCAUCGGCUAGCUCAAAUUGGGAAGGAGCGCUCAUUGCCUGUUGAUUGGCCUGGGGGCAUCAGAACACAACAGCUUUUGGAAAUAUCAGUUCCGCUCUUUAUCUUUGCUGCUACCAUGUGUCGUAUACUCAAUGAUCUUCAAUGGGACCCUAUUGACAGCCUCGAAGAGAUCCUUGCUUGCCGAGGGGAGAACGCUAGUCUUUCUAGAACAUACCUCCCUGUGUUCAAUCGACUUCUUCUCAAUCAGAAUGAGAAACAAAAGAAGCAGCUUAUACAAGAGUUUCAAGACAUAGUGGGUACAAUCGUCAUCCUUGAAAGUCCUCUGUCUAUUAUCUCAAUCUCUGCGCUUCUUGGCAUCUCCGAACGUCUCGUCAAGGUGAGGCUGAGCUCGUUGAACUCGGUGCUGAGCAUCCCGCAAAAUGAAAUCAUGCCGGUGAGACUUUUCCACCUAUCAUUUAGAGAUUUCCUUCUUGAUCCAGGGACAUCCAAGAAGACUCCAUUUGCCAUAGAUGGCAAGGUGUCACACUCGAAACUGGCGAUAAGAUGUCUUUCGGUCUGUUCGAGUUUGAAAAAGAACAUCUGUGGACUUCAACAUGAUGGAACUCAGAGAUCUGAGAUUGCUACUUCACGUAUCAGCCGUUGUCUUCCUCUCGAGGUUCAGUACGCGUGUCGUUUCUGGGCCUACCAUCUCACGCAGGGUGACGACCCAAAGACACUGCAUGGCGUUUUCACCUUCUUGCAGGCCCACUUCCUCCACUGGAUGGAGGCAAUGGGAAUUCUAGGUCUUGCACAGGAAGUGGUAGGAAUCAUUGACCUUUUGUACUCUUGGGUAGAGAGCCACAAGUCCAAUGAGCUCUCUGAGUACCUACAGGACGCUAGACGAUUUGCGUCAAGGAAUACUGUCAUAGCAAAUGAAGCCCCUCUCCAGCUUUAUUGCUCAGGUCUUCUGUUUGCCCCGAAAAGCUCAAUUAUACGCAAGACCUUCACCAAGUACCUUCCUACGUGGAUUCCCACAGUCCCGGACGUUCAAGAGAAUUGGAGUGCAGACGUUCAGUCUUUCGAUGACUUCUCGGGGGGCUUUUUGCCAAUUUCCUUCUCCUCAGAUAGCCGGACUUUAGCAUAUAGUGCUGAUGAUGGCAGUAUCAAACUCUGGGACGUCAUGACAGGAGUCUUGAAACACACUUUGGAGGGGCAUCCGAAUGAUACAGAGGAGCUUGUGUUCAUUUUCAUUUCUUUCUCGCCAGAUGGUCAAUUGCUCGCGUCCGCCAGUAUUAAUGAUCCUCGCACUGUUAAGCUCUGGGACCCUGUCGCGGGUACAUUGCAGCGCACACUUAACCAUCCGCUGUGCUCUCCUUUUUUUCCGACUUUCUCUCCCGACGGCCGCUUUUUGGUUUCUCCUACAUGUGACCCUGAUCGCCCUGGAAUAUUUGUCUGGGACUUGAUCAGGGAUUGUUUUGAGCAAAUAGCAGCCAACAGCUCAGGAACCGUUAGCUGUGUAGCAUUCUCUCCCGAUAGCCAGCUUCUAGCGUUCGCAUUAGCCGGUGGCUCGGUAAAGCUGUGGGACAUUGCUUCCGGCAGGCUUCGACAGACCUUGGAAUGUCACACAGAGUCAAUAACGCGUCUCUCAUUCUCUCACACUGGCCAGUUUCUUGGGAUUCUAUACGAUCAAUUUAGGUUCGGGAUCUGGAAUAUCGUGACCGGCGCAGAGAAGAUUCUUCCAGGUACGAUAUAUGCCGGAAUAUUCUCGCCCACCGAGCAGGUUCUGGUGACUGUGUCGGGUGAAUGUUUAUUAUCCUCAUGGGACCCUGACACUGGACUUCCCGUGAAUGACUUUCAAGGCAAAUAUAGCCCUAAUGGUCUAGUAUUUUCUCCUGAUGGCAAGUUCUUGGCCCUCGCACGGGACCACUUUCAAGUCAUGGUACUGGAUAUGUCCACAGGUAUUGCGUAUGCUCCGUUCGGUGCACACUCUGAUCUUGUAGUAUCUAUGGCUUUCUCCCCCAACGGUCAAUUUCUUGCGUCUGGCUCUAGGGACCAGGUAGUCAAAAUCUGGCAUGUUGGUACAGGUAUACCAAAGCCGGAACAACAUUCUGAGGGUCAUUCAAGCAGGAUUCGCUCAUUAACCUUUUCCGCUGAUGGCGAAACCUUCGCCGGUUGCUGCAAUGAUGGAACAGUUGCACUGUGGUACCCGAGGACGGGUAGUCUAUCCCAAAAGCAAUUACUAGCAAGUUUCCCUGGACUCGACGUUGCUUUAGCACCCAGUGGGAAAUUUCUUGUUUCUAUUUCAGUCGAAAAAGAGAUUAAACUGUGGAGAAUAACCAAGUCCAAAAUUGAGCCCAUUCCAACCUUCCAGAGUCUGAACUCUGCAGACGAGCCGUGUGGGACUAGUGAAGUGACCUUCUCUCCCUGUAGCCGCAUGUUAGCCUCCCAUUCGGGGGGCACUAUUCAGCUUUGGGAUGCAGACACCACGACAGGUUCUCUCCGCCUGAAACAUACUUUGCAUUAUGAUUCAGAGUAUAUUUGCGAGAAUCUAAUAUUUUCACCAAACAGCCAGCUUCUAGCAGCUCGUUCGGGAGAUAAAAUGCUCAGGAUUUGGAACACUAGAACUGGCUCCUUGGAAAAAACAUUUCCAUGCCAUCCAAUGGAGAUUUGCAAUCUGGAAUUCUCUCCCAACGGCCGAUUUAUCGCUUCCUACUUGCUCAAUGAGGGUCGUCGGUUUCUUUCUCUCCUGGAAAUUUCUACAAAUGAACAAAAGCAGACCUGGAGAAUUCCGGGAUAUAGCGAGAGAUUAAUGUUCUCUCGAGAUGGCUCAUAUUUAAGGACUGAUUUUGGCCACAUCGAUAUCCGGCCUGAGUAUUGGGACGCUCCCAUUUCUCCGGGGGAGGAUGUGGAGAUUUCUAUAUUCAAGUCACACUGGGUAACCUUUAACCGCCGAAAGAUAUUAUGGCUGCCUCUGGAGUACCGACCCAGCUGCUUCGCGGUCCAUGGCAAUAUUCUUGUGCUCGGAUACGGAUCAGAAAGGGUUUUGUUUAUAGAAUUUUGUCCUCAAUGA